AUGCCUACCCCUAUUCGCAUCGUCGGCCCUCGGUCUCCUCAACCAACUCUUCCUGACGUAUUCAAUAAUAGCAAUCGUAGUUCAACCCCUCUCGAGAACUUCGAUGAUAAUGUACAUUCUGCGAAGACGUCUCCAAAACUUCUACCCGCAUUCGUUUCACCACAUGAGAUCGGAUACGAGACGCUUGUCGACGAUGCUGGGACGGCGCCACGAGAUUUGUCGGACAAGACGGAGCGCAUCACUACACGCAAAAUAGCGCGCAAGCAGGCUCUUCAGAUUAAUGCUGUGCUGGAAGAGGACCUUUGGAAAGAAGUGAACCAUCUCAAGAUUCAUGACGACGUGGCCGAUGCUAACCCGGUUUUACAUCCCCCCUCCCUCACGCCGCCUUGGAGUGAUAUGUUGCGCACAUCAGAUCCAAGACCGUUGGAGGUCGAAGUAGAUCGCUCUGCGAAGCCCCAACUCGAGUCCAAGAACGAGUCCCAGCAACCUUGCGAUACGAUCAUAUCAAUCCACAAUCAACCUCCUGAAACACCAGGGGAAUAUGUUCAGAGAAACCCUAACUUACCACACUCUGUGUCAACGCCACCGCGUGAAAUUCAAACCGAAUAUUCCGCCAGAGGUGGUCAGGUCUAUGUGCACGACAGCACUAAGGCUGAGCGGCGUCGAUCAGCUCCCGCCGCGUUCGAUAGUAGCGACGAGUAUGAGUCCGAAGUCGAGGCUCCCAUCCCCGAAGCUCCAGCUCCUCCUCGCCGCCGCCGUCCCACUGAUGCGGAAGGUCGCAAGGUCAAAGAGCGUGCUCCACCGAAGGCCAGGCGAGAUGAGAUGAAAGCGUUGGAAUACAUCAACAACCAACGCGGUACUGAUGCUCCGUUGAUCGACCACAUCCAUAGUGCCGCAAAGAGAGCUUCUAGGGUACCGUCAAUUCCCUCUCAUUAUGGCUCCUCCGGAAGCGACAGGCACACGGCCGUCACCAGCAACGGCAACAACGAGAUUCGCCUCAGAGUAGACGCGAAUGCCCCACUCAGCCUGCAGUUCAACGGCGACAUGGAGGGUCGCACCAUGCGACUCAUCCCAGGCGAGGACGGCAUGGCAGAACUCGUCAUUAGCGGAAACCCUGACGGUGGCAGCGAAAAAGGCAGCAAUGCAAGUGACAGGAAGGUAUUGGUCACGCGGAGACAAGCAGGGGAGAUGAACGAAGGCAGUGUACGCAGCCACCGUAGUAGACGCGAGAGCCGAAUAGUACGAGAUUUUCAGGACGAUAGGAUUGAGAAGAAACCGAACCUCUCAGCCUUCAAGGUCAAGCCAGCGAACGGCCCCAAUACUCACCGUGUGAAGAUCAGCUCGCCCAGCCUUGCGACAGAUAAUGCAUCAAAGCAGGCGAAGACAAAACAGGAUAGUUCGGUAACGGACAUGGAACAUACACAGACUGAGGCUGAAGAAUUCCAUAAUGACCUUCCUGGAAAACUCGUUGCGCCUGUCAAGGGAAUCCUUCGCAAGCCUACUAAGAAGUUCCCUGAGGAACCUGAGCCUAUCCGCGAGGGAGUUGCACCACUCAAGGACGCUCUAAAGGGCAAAGACAUUCCUGUCGGAGCUCGCUGGACAAGAAUUGAUCGUUGCCUAGUUAACCCUGAAGCUUUGGAGGAAGCUAAGGAGCGUUUCGAAGAGCGCGUGGAUUGCGUGAUAGUUUUGCGUGUCUUGACUAAGGAGGAGAUACAAAAGCUGGCCGAUCGUACGAAAGAAAUCCGGGAGGGCCGUGAGGACGCCUAUGAGGUGGAGAAGAGAGACCGUGAGAAGGGAGAGGUGGAAGAGCGUUCAGCGAAGGAAGCUGCUGAACAAGCAGAGAUGGAGCGUCCUAAGCGUAAGGAAGAAGAGGGACGCCUAGAACAGGAACGCAUUCAGCGUGAAGAAGAGGAAAGUAUUGCGGCAGAAGGAGCUGAGGGUGCUGCUAAAGAACCUGAAGCAGCAAGUACGGCCGCAGAAGGCGAAGAAGCUCGCCAUAUGAGACUUCACGACCCGGAACGCGUAGUCACAUGUGGCGGCGUACUUCCAAAUGGCCGAAGUUGGGGCUGCGGAGUCAAUUUUGCAAGACUCGAUGUACUUCGCGCACAUCACAAGUCCAACAAGGGCAGGCGAUGCGUCGCGGAAAGAGACAGCGAAGCUGAGGCAAGUUCUGGAUGGGGCAGCUUAGGGCCUGGUUUUAACAAUAGGAAGAAGGGGAAGAAUUGGAUAACGACGGAGAUGCAUAAGCGAGAGGUUAAAGAAAAGAAGGAGCGUGAAGAGAAGGAGCAACUGGAAGGUGAAGCUAGAGAGGUCGCUGAAGCCGCCGAGGCUCAAGACCUCAAUCAGACAUUUAAACAGACAGUAGGUAUGAUUCUUGAGGAUCAGAACUUCAUGCGAAUAAUGAAGGCACCUCUUGACCCCGAGGACUUCACACCGGGAGACGAUUUGCCAUGGGGUCCGGAGGAUACAACGACUAUCUUCAACGAGAUGCGAUCCGAGAUUUCUGGGGAGGACGACACCUCAGACGAUGAAGCAAGAGGGAUAAGAGAUGAAGGAACUACAAGGAAUGUGCUUGAAGAGUUUGAACAAGCUCGGCCUUUUCCCACUCACCCCAUCGAAAGCUGGUUGAAGAUGACACUUGUGAAUGAAAGUACUUUUGAGAAUCUUGAGUGGGACUACAAUGACAGCGCGUCAGGGCCGUCUUCUUACGCAGCAUCGGUUGCCUCGAUCUUUUCGGUGACGUCUUUAGCAUCAUCGGCAUCCGAUAUAUCAAAAGGCAGCGGCUAUUCCGCAGUUCAAAUUGCAACAGCUACGAAGGUGUUACUCUCUAUCUUCUACGAAGACGAAGCACUGUUGUCGCUGUAUAAGCGCGCUAUAGAAGCCCAGAAUAUCGGACCCGAAAGGCUUGAGAGGAACUUACGCCGACUAUUUCGAGCAUACGCAGGCCUCUUAGAAGGUGAAGCGACAGAGAGACUAGAGCAUCUAGCAUCGCGGCUUGUGCGCGCAAAAUCGGCUUCUCUAGCAAAAUCUGUCAUUGAGAAAUUGCAAAUCGUCCGUGUAAGCACGGAGUCGUCUCCCAGCGAACGCAACAACGAAAGUUCUGACGAGGAGGACGAUGGCGCUGAUUCACAUCCGGUCAAUGAAGACGCUUUCGAGGAUUUGGUGACCUUUCGACAGUUCUUAGUUGAGAGCGAAGCAUUCAAAACCUUUCGCAAUCAAUUACAAGCAUUUGUAAUACCUAAUCUGGCACAAGCGGAUCGAACUGAAACGGUGACAAAGGAGGCGUUGGGUUGCGACGACGAAGGUAUUGUCAAGCAUGACGUCCUGAGGUUGCCGGCUCAGUCAAAGACGAUGUCGACCUGGCACGAAUGGUUCAGAGAUGUCAGUCAAGCCUUGAGCAUGUCUUGCAGCGAAAUAUUUGCACUCUUUCUUAUUGCUACCGGUUUCCAUCUGAAUCUGGAUACUUUGCUCUUUACUAGGGACCAUCUGUUAGUGAACAUGGGGCUUCUUGAGCCAGCAUUGGACCAAAACAAGACUCGCCUACGCUGGCGAUGUAAUUGUGGUGACUCCAUAUACAGCGACAUAAUGGAGCUUCGCGAAGGCGGUAUAGCUGAGCUAGUAGACCGCAUGCAGCGUUCUUCUGGCGUCAAAGUACACGCAGCACCGCACAACCGCCAAUCUGGAAAUCAGCAGUAUAUUGUCCCACGCCCUGAUCGAUGGCUUCGAAACGCAAUCACCAAAGUAGGGACUGCAUUCGGAGGAUCUUCGAAGUCAUCGCCGUCAUGUCUACCACAGCACAACUCACCAUACGCAACAACCUCUUGCUCAACUUCUACCAACCCGUCUACCACAAAGAAAGUGCUUCAUCUCUCAAUGUGCAUGCACCGCAAUCGACGACGCAAGAUUGUCAAGCAAGACCGUGUCGAUGAAAUCACUACAGAUCGGACACUGUUGCGCUUCCUCCAGCGACAGUACGCCACUCACCGCGGCCGCUUCCUCAACAUCGCGCGGCUCAAAACUGUGCAAAGAAUCGUUUUCGUAAAGUUCCGCCUCCCAAUGGGCGGUAGUGUAGACGUACAGCACCAUUUGUACUGCAUUGCCGACCCUGCGAACUGGAAAUACUGCGAGUGCACUCCACCUCCUAACAAGGUCGGUGUGGAGUACGAGUACUCCCCAAGUCCACCCAAAACCCAUCCUCCUAUUCCACCAGAGUACCUGGCGAGUCUAUUUACAUGCGCCACCGAUGUCCAUGAGGAGGAUGAUUGGAUUCUCAAUCAACUACCAAAACGUACCUGUGGCGUUCUCCAGGGGCAGAAAGGCCAGCCAGCGGAAGGAUGGGGUAUUUACUUCUUGGAGGGCUGGGAUCGUGAGAUCAUCUCUUUACUUAUCCUGGUCAUCUUUUUCCUAGCAAGCUUACUCUUUGGCGUUCUGUGGUGGAAGUUCCAAUUUGAUCUACAAGGCGGGUUUGGUGUCUCUGCGUACAUGAUAGCUGUCUGUACGAUUGUUAUUUCUGUUGUUGUAACGCGAUUGGAGAACAAGGGAUAA